AUGGGUCUCAUUAAAUCUGCACUCUUAGUCGGCGGUGGCAUCUAUGCUGUAAAGGCUGUUACCAAGAGCCACCACGAGAAGAAAAAGGAGAAACAAAAGAACCAGAACAACAUCCAAGACAUGUACCCUCCUCCACAUCAACAGCAGCAUUACUACCAACCGCAAUAUCACCAGCAAUAUCAGCAACAACAAAGAGUGGGCCAAGGAGAGGGCUACGACUAUACCAAAAGUCGCGAAGGGUCAAAUAUCAUGCAAGACUAUGGCCAUAUCAACGGUCAACCUCGAGGACAAUUUUCGCCGCCAUCAUGGGCUCACCCUGAGUCUUCGCAGUCCCAGUAUCGGAACUAUGCCGAUGGACCACUCAUUGACGGACCACCAGCGUAUGCUGCGUACGAUGAAAAGAAAAGAUUGGAUUAA